UAUCUUAGGUACGAAAUAUUAAGUCCAUCACAUAACGCUGCUUCUUCUGAUUAUCUCCAGAAUCACUCGAUCAAUAUCGUCAAGACAAGGUGACCCUUGCAUUGACAGGCACCCCUUUUUUUAUGUCCGACUCCUGUUUAUCGGCAGAAACAUCCUUCUUAAUAGCGCGGUAAAUGUGGGACCUAGGUGCACCACGGCAUCCUGGAAUGUUUGAUGCGUAGAACACGUAGCGUCGAGCUUAUUUUCUAGGCGGGGUUGAAGGAUAUGGCCAAUUGGAGAAGGAAUCGAUCGUUUUGUACGUGCAAAUGAAACCUAUCAAGGAAUGGUCAGUGCCCGGGGUCGGGGAGUCGUCACCGGAAAAUUAGUAUUUACGGAUCGCCCAUCAUUGGUUCGUGUGAGAACAUGGGUAUAACGGCCUCGCAGAUUUCCGUAUAUCAUCUCUUAUAUCGAUCAGCUCUAGUGAUGUUGAUUAGUCGGCAUGAGUUCUUCGUGGCAAGAGACUCAAGUUGACACGUUCCCAAGCUUCAACUACAUAUAUGUUGCACUCAUAACGCUUUGGGUGUAUGACUACAUACUGUGCCUGCCCGAUACGGUCAACUUUCUCGCCAAUUCUCGAUGGGGGCUCAGCACAUUUCUGUAUAUAAUUUGCAGCCACUUGCCACUUGCCUUCAUGUUAGUGAAUAUGCUUGUGGUUUUUCAGCCUGAUGCCCCGCUCCAUCUUUGCCGCUCUUAUAAUGUCGUUAAUAUCUAUAUAGGGGUAGUGACGAUGACUUGUGCUGAGUGCAUCUUCGUGGUCAGGGCAUAUGCAGUAUGGGAACGGGGGAGAUGGUUCGCGGCAUUGGAGACUUUUGCAGUUAUUGCCUAUUUAGUGCCAAUUACUAUCAGCUUGCAACAAUUUAACUCGAGAGUCUCAGAGCCAUGUUGGAUCCCUGGCGUUACCGGACAUCUGGAUACGGAGACAAGCAUCAGAAUAUAUGUAGCGUUUGGCUUGCUGGCUAUGGCUGAGCUGCAAACAUUCUUACUUCUGUGGUAUCGCGUCAUCAAAGGUCUUGGUGGCUGGGGCAUGGACAACCGCCUUAUGCGUGGCCUCAUGAAAGAUAAUCUGCUGUACUGUAGCUGCGGCUUUGCUUUUUCUAUCAGCGUCAUUGUCUCCACAGUUUUCUUUCCAUUCACAGUUGGACACAUGCUUUUAGAGUUUGAGUGUGUUGUUCAAGCUCUCUUGGUCACGCGAAUGCACAGGAACUUUUGGAGAUCGGACCGUGCCUUUGGCAAUAUUCCUACAGAUAUCUCCCUCACAACAUGGAUGAUAGGAGCUUUAAAUUUUGCGUGACGAGACAAUCUUGCUUUGAAGCGUACCUGUACAAAUUUUAGAUGUGACCAUUGCGCAGGCGGUGAAGGCCAAAAAUGGACGGACAAUUCUAUGAAGAAGUCGAGUCGUACUGUAACAUAUGGCAUAGAUGUUUUUGUUAUAUUCAUGAGACUGCAAUGCCUCAUACCAGGUCUGGUGCGGUCAUG